UUGUCUCCUUGCGACGCAAUGGGGUGGACUGAAAUACAGGUGGGACAACGCUCGCAUCAUUGCCUUGCUAUGUCUGACUGCCGUCUUGCUGGCAAUGUUUGUGUGGCAUGGAUAUCGAAUGGGAGACAAUGCUCUGUUGUCAAGGCGUCUUAUGAAGCAGAGGAGCUUGCUGGCGGGGAUGUGGUUUAGCUUCUGCAACAAUUCCGCCCUCAGUGUCGUUGAUUACUAUCUCCCUACAUAUCUCCAAGUCGUCGAAGGAGUCUCUACUAUAAAGUCCGGAAUCCUCUGUCUCCCUAUUUCAGUGAGAUUAUUCCUCUCCAUUUUCCUAGCAGGCUCCGCUACCAGUCUUGUCGGAUACUACACACCAUUCAUGCUUGUGACGGGGAUCCUCAUGCCCAUCGCCUCCGGCCUUCUUACUACCCUAAAAGUCCGGGGGUCCCUGGCCGCAUUGAUUUGUUAACAAGGACUUUUCGGGAUCGGUGGCGGCAUCGGCUUCCAGGGACCACAGGUUGCGGCACAGACAAUCCUCUCACCCAAGGACUCUCCUAUCGGCAUUGCCGUUAUCAUAUUCGCGCAGAAUUUCGGGCCAGCCAUCUUUAUCUCUGCGGCGCAGACGAGCUUUACGCAGCGGCUGCAAAGCUCGUUUGGUACGCUGCUCCCGGACCUGGAUGCAUCUGAACUGGAGCAGUUGGGGCUGUCUGAUCUACGGAAGUAUAUUCCUGCCUCUAAGAUGGCGGAUGACUUGCGGGUGUAUGAUGAGUCUUUGACGACGUUUUUCCUGGCGAUUGCUAGUUUUGUUGGUGCUUUGGGGAUGGAGUGGUGGAGUGUCAAGCAGAAGAGCUCGUAGGAUGUACCUACAGCUCUGUGUAGACGAAGUAUUGGAUAUCCUGUCUCGGUGAAUUCCAAAGUGAAACCAACAUGCAGCGUUAGC